GCUCGUUGCCAUGACAGCAGAGUUAGCAAACUGCCCUGUUGCCGUGAGCUCAUUAAGAGCCGCAGCGAGUCGGACAAACGCCUCUGGUUAUUCCUGUCACUUAUUCUGUUUUUGGCAUUAAAACACAUCCAGAGCCUCUCUACCAGCCUCUACAGUGCCGGAGCUGUGUCCUGCUUCCGUUCCGGUCGGCGAAGGGUUGCUGGAAAAAAAACAACAACAACAAACAGGAGUCACGCAGCACCAGCACCAAGCUGUGUUUCCCUGAGAGGACAGCUUCAGUGUCCAACAUGGCUUAACUGCUGGAAGCAAAGCGGAGAUGGAGCCGUUUGGAGGCGGUGGAGCUGCUCUGGGAGGUGAAGAGGACGCAGAGGAGGAAGAGAGGGGCAAAGUUGAGGCUUUGCCUCCUCUGCUCGAGGAUGAGGAGAAUGUGUCAUUGGCAGAUAUCCUGUGUCUGAGAGACAGCUGUCUGUCUGAACAAGAGGUGUGGGCAGUGUGUGCAGAAUGUGUGCGCUCACUGCAGAGCAUUUCCUGCUCUCCACUUUUUUACACUCUCUGCAUUACACCAGACACUCUGGCCUUCAACGCUCAUGGCAACGUGUGCUUCAUGGAACAGCUCAGUGAUGACCCUGAAGGCUCCUUUGUACCUCCAGAGUUUGACAAGACUGGAAACACAUUUGAGGGUCAUGUGUUCUCGCUCGGCUCCACACUUUCAGCUGCUCUGGGCUAUGAUGUAGAACCUGAGACAGAGGCGGAGUUAGGGGUCGAUACCCUCAGGUUGCUUGAACAAAUGCAAGAGGAAAAGCCAGGAGACCGGCCUUGCCCACAGGUCAUUCUGUCUCUAGCAGAAGCCAAAAUCACAGACACUACACCCAGAGCAGUGUGUCGAAAGCUCUCAGCCAUCGGAAGAAGAGUGCUGUCCAUAGAAUCAGUCGCGCCUCUCCAAGAUGAAUGGGACAAAUCAUAUCAUCACUUUAUGGAAUAUAAAGGCUCACGGUCAAGCUCGGUUGAGAAUCAUACUUAUGACCAGCGCAUGGCCAGACAUUAUUCUUCAGAUUCUCAUGAAGACGAGGAGCAUCUGGUUAAACAAAGGAGAAGAGUCUGCAAUGGUUCAUUCCGCUCUGGGAGCGUGGAUGGAUAUCACGGAGGUCCAGUGUCGCUCCGAGAGGUGAACUCCUUCUAUCCAUCUCAGAAUAGCUCUCCUGUUGUUAAGAUGAACGAAGAGGUGAGGUGGAGAAGAUCACGGAGUGCCCUCAACCGCUCCUGCUCCAUUCCUGACUCCAACAACCCCCCUGUGUUCUCAUCUCCUUCACACACCAACCUGAGCAUGAUGGUAGCAGACUUGUCAGAGAUUGGAGGAGAGGAAAGUAUGAUGAUGCAAUGGGAGGACCAUAUGCUGAAGGAAACACACAAGAAGUCUGCACAGGAUGAAGAUUCAGGCAGCCACUCUAUAGAAUCUCUAAAUAGAAUAAGUAAUGGCACCCCUACUCAUAUCAGCAUCGAUGCAGAUCCAGAUUACACAGGUCAAAGUGAAGUCGUAAGGGAGGAAACCCCUGUGUUCUCCACACAUGUAGAUGAGGAGAUAAAGAAUAGCAAUCUGUGCUGUUCUAAUCAUAUGACCAAAAGCAUGCUGUGCCUCAAUGAGGAAUCUCAGGAUGAGUGGGUCUCUCUGCGGGAGCUGCUGACGCACUGUACACGGCCACUGUCUGUGAAUGAGUUGUGGGCCCUGUGUUACACCUGCCUGUCCACACUGCAAACCUACACUGAUUUCCCAGCUUACCUGUGCCUGGACUCUGUGUAUGUGGGCUGUGAUGGAGAGUUGCUGUUCCUUAUGCCUAAAAACACAGGAUCCAAUGAUGUCUUUUAUGUAGCUCCUGAAUUCCAGGAACAUGGUAUUUUAACAGAAAAGGCCUGCAUAUAUGGAGUGGCAGCUAUUUUGUGGGCCACAGCUAAAUUUCAUUUGUCCCCGAAUCAGAAGCUAGCUAUGCCGAGAAAACUCAAGAGGCUCCUGCUUGAGAUGGCCAAAAAAACUCCUAUUGAAAGGCCAUCUAUUGUUAUGGCAAAAAAGAGUUGCCGUGAUUAUCUGUCCCAUCAGGGGACUGACGCUGAGACUGUGUGGACACAGCUAAUCAACAGACUUCAUAAGGCAUCCAGUAGGAUUAAUGAAGAAGAAAGUUUCCCUGAUGUGGGCUCAUUCAAAAACACAGCUACAUCUGAGAGGAAAACUGGUUUCAUCCCUCUGGGCCAUGAUGUCAGGUUGGCCCCUGUAUCUGGUCCUCUUCCCCAGAGCAACUCUCUCUCUAUGACAGCAAGGCUGCCUGAGGGUUUCACUUCUUUAGCGACCCACUUUACUCCUAUAGUAGUGGCUCAGGAGGAUGUCAAGGAAGAGGAAUCGCCUAUUCCUCAGCCAAGGAUCGGCAGCAUCCCCAGUGAAAUAGAAAUUGGAAAUGAUGACCUGACCACUGAAACAUCACUACUUCAACAAAACUGGACACAGGGAGAGCAAGAGGAAGACUAUUGCUCAUCCUUGUCCAGUAGCACAACUGUUCUUACCUCUUCACCUCACACCAACCUCCAAACAGCCUGUCCAGAGUCAAACAGCCAGUCUCUGCCAACCUGUCCCAACAUCUCAUGCUCUUCUGGCGUUUACAACAACUUCCUCCUACAGCAGGACCCUCAGAGUGGCCGACUGACACUGUUUCCUGUUCACGUAGCUGUUUCUCAGCCAAUCACAGGCCUAGAUCUUAGCCUGCCAUUGAGGGCAGAUACAGAGACUGACUCUGGAUCCCAAAACACAGAGCAUGAUGUGCAUCCUGUUACCAGGAAUGGAGAAUCUGAUCACCAUUUCACAUCCUCUUACCACAAGACCAGCAAAGGCAACAUUCCAAAUAAUAGAGCUCACCUGAAUAUCACUGAGCCUCUCCAACAUACCAGGGUAUUGAGCACUGUACGACAGAGACACCCUGUCCUGCAGCAGGUCAUUGGUCUUAUCAGAGAGGAGUUUGCCUUUGACUGUUAUCUGGAAAAUGGAGCAGAGGAGCUGGUUAUGGGAGAGUACAUCCUUUCUUUAACAAGCCUUCACUUUGAGACGUUCUGUAGAGCAAUAGUGGAGAAGUUCAGUGAUCUCCACUGGGAUAAAGACCUACUAGGAUUGCUGCACUCAAUUGUCAAUCAUGACCCCUCUUCCCUAGUGUCUGUUGAAGAUCCUUCAUCAGAGCUGGAGGAAAGGGCACUGACAUCACUCCCAGAUGCCAAAAGUGAGGGAGAAGAGGGAGGGAACACCGAGCACGGUCAGCUUGACCACAAUGCAAACAAGUGCCAUGCUCCAGAAGAGAGAGAACAUAAAGCAACUAGACAACAAAACAAAGGAGAGCUUAAGGACAAACAAGGACACAUGAGAGCAGAAGACAGAAGAGAAGAAGGAAAAACAGCCAAUGAGAUCAGGAACAUGCAAAAAGAGACUCAGCCAGUCACAUUUAAGAAGCAUCAUCUUAAUGACAGCACAGUGUUGAGUGGACUCAGUAUGGACAUGGAGAGCAGCAGCUCUCCAGUAGAUGGAGCUGAAGUGUGUGUGUGUAGUGAUGAGUCUCUGUGCCAGCAUUCUGAACUGGGCGAGAGUACAGAGACCCAGCUUUCCCUGGACUGCUCAGAUGCAGAAAUGGAUGAUUCUGACUCAGUGAUCUCAGACAGGCCAGCGUCCUCCUACUCCGGCUUUCAGGGCCCUCUGUCCCGCCCUACAUGGGCCCUGGCUCUGUACGGAGAAGACUUCUUCAGCCAAGAAGUGGUGGAGUAUGCUUACAAACUGGGCAGCCACACUGACUCACCAAGCUUGGAAGAUAAAUCACAGGAGCCACCAUUCUUAGAGCAAGAAUUUUACCAGGAACUUCAGCAACAGCUGAUGAUCGAGAGCAGAAAUUUAAAGAAGACCAGAAAUUUUUACCACAAACUAAUUCAGCAAGAGAGGAAAAAUAAAGGUUCUGAAGCAAAGGUGAUGCUCUCCAAACUGAGGGCCCAGUUUGAUGAACUAAGAACUAAAGUAGAGUUCCUUGACUCCGUAAGGCAAUAUCUCCAGGUGUUGUAUGUAGAUCAGUGGGGUUUGCCCCUUUCUCUGCUGCCAUCUCUGGCUUCUUCUGGAUCUUCUACAAUAGACCUCAGAUCCAGUGAAGAUCCAGCUAUAUUGAGCCUGGUGUGUGAGCAGCGCAGAACAAGAGGUUGCUGUCCUCUACUGGCUGGAUCACCCAAAGGCCUGAUGGCCUAUUUAUAUGCCAGAAAUGCUCUUUUAGAAGGAUACAUCCAGCACUUUCUCUAUACCUACCGCUAUUUCUGUACUCCUGAGGAAUUCCUCCACUUUCUAAUGGACAAAUUUAACAGCUCUGUAGUAGCAAACAAGGACUUCUCUACUGACAGCGCUAAGGUGUACCAUCGCACUCUGGACCUGUUAGAGUGUUGGAUAGAAGACAGCCGAUCAGUGGAUUUUACUUCCAACUCCCGUCUUCAACCAACCCUUGACAACUUCCUCACAUCUGAGGUGGCUCCAGUGGACAGUCGUGGAGAGAGUCUACUCACAAUGCUACAAAACAGUCCCAAAAAGAGGCGGGGCUAUGGGGUGUCAAUUCGUGGUGAGAGUCCAAUCAGCGGUUGGGAGGAUCUUGAUGUCCAAUCAGUUCAGUCCUUUUGCAGGAAAUCUUCUGUUGAUGAUGCAGCAAGGAAGAGUUUUCAGUGGCGUGUAUCCCGUGUGGUGGAGCCCCAGGUGAGCCAACCAAAGGAGAAGGUGUACUCUAUCGCUUCAGCACUGCCCCGACCCUGCUACAGUUCCCUGCUGAGCCAGCUGACCAGCGUGUCUGUGAGGAAUGAGGAGAGAGUGGCAUUCAGUCAGACAGAGUACAGUCCCCUGCACACAGCACAACAGCUCACACUGCUUCAACAGGAAAUCUUCCAAGGCUGUCACCCCGUGCAUUUUCUCAACUCCAGAGCACAGGGAGUGAAAGAAAAGGCAGUCAGCAUCUCCAAAUGUUUAUCAUCCGAUGCUGCACCACUAGAGGGCAGUAGUUUGUUUGUGGGUGAUGAGCCAGGGCGUGAUGGGCCUCUACAGCACCUCUUGAGAUAUGCAGAAAGCAUCAGUAACUGGGUCUCAGCUGAGAUUGUCAUCACAGACUCAGUCAAGGUUCAGACAGCCUUGCUUGGCAAGUUUCUCUCUAUUGCUAAGCACUGUUAUGAGGCAAGAAACUUUGCUACAGCCAUGCAGAUUCUUGGAGGACUGGAGAAUGUGAUUGUCCGACAAUUACCGGCUUGGAAGCAGCUGUCAGCCAAGAUGUCAGAUGUACUUGAGGAGAUCAGGGCAGUUCAGGUGUUUUUGAAGAGUGACAGUCUGUGUCUGAUGGAGGGAGAGAAGGGAAAGAGGCAGCCCACGCUACCAGAAGCACACAUCCUGGCCAUGCACAUACAACAGCUGGAAAUCGGCGCCUUCACUCUGACUAACAAAGCGUACAAGUGGCCCAAGUUACGGAGUAUAGCACGUGUGGUCAGUCAGGUCCAUGCUUUCCAGGAGCACAUGUAUACAUACACUCCUGAUCUAGAACUACAGUCGUAUCUUCAGGCCCGGAUCAGCCGUCUGGGGGCUUGUGAUGUGUCACAACUUGCCGCUGACAAUGAUGCCAACUUUAACCAGCCUGCUGCAGAGCGGCACACACGCCGCAUUCAGGACACACUGCGCAGGGUCAAGGCCUCCUUCCAGUGAGCCAGAGAGAGAUCAGACAUAGACGCACAAAGUGGCAGAGAUGAGAGAGAAGAUGAGGCGUCUCUCACAUUCUUUGUGCAGAAGAAGUUAAUACAUAUGGUUUUUAAUGACUAGACACUGGGGGGAAAACUUUGUAAUCAAGUUCAAGGCUGUGGAAUAUUAGAGGAAUGAGAACUCGGUGUUCUUCACUCAGGUGUUGUAGUGUCUACAGCUCAAGUUAGUCUCCAUUUUUAGAUUUUUUUUUUAAUGCAGUCAAAGUUAUUCCAUCUUUUGUGUAUUUUCUGUGCAAGAGGUUAGUGAACCAAUUCAAAAUUUUCUUAAAGAAAUAUCAGUGUUUUUCCAACCCUAUGUUUAUCCACCACUUCUGAACCAGUAAUUUUAUCACACUUCCAUGUGCUGUGAAGGUUUUGGGACAGUCAACAAUUCUUAGACUUUUACUAUAAGUGCAUUUUGAGGACACAGCAUUUUCAUUCUGCAGAUGUAGUGGAUGGAUAAUGUGUGAAAAAUGCUUAAAUAAUUCUUUAUAUUCUAAAAAAAAAAAAAUCCCAGUGAAACAUGUACUAAUUAUUCAUAGUACUACUGCAGUAUCAUGAAUUGAAAUAUCUGUAAUAAUCAGCCAUGGCUUAAUACCAUUAAGUUAAAUGUUAGGGACUGAACACAAACACAGUAGCUCAGUUAAAACAGAGCAUGGUAGCUAUGCUCAGACUUAAAACUGUAAAAUUAUAAGAGGGUUAUUCAAGUAGGCUUAUUCUCAUUUAGUGCUACAGAGCUAAAGUAUUUGUACUGGUUAUAUUUUUCUGCAUAUUACAGAUUGUAGUGUAUUUUCUAUAUCUGUCGAGCAAUCACGUAAUUAAGCUUUCUAAAUCAGCAUAUGUGGCUAUGAUGACGAUGACGAUGAUGAUGAUGAUGAUUAUUAUUAUUAUUAUUAUUAUUAUUAUUAUUAUUAUUAUUAUUAUUAUUUGGCGGGUUGGCCAGGCGUUUCCCUGUGUGUGUGUGUGUGUGUGUGUGUGUGUGUGUGUGUGUGUGUGUGUGUCCACCCCUUCUUCCCGAGGUGAGGAAACAGGCGCUCCUGGAGGUCGAUGCUUCUCUGUAGUCGCCACUUCAAAGCGCUUCAGAUAAACACACUUAAUUGGGAGGCGAAGAGCUCCGACCUCUCUAAGCACAGAUCUGAGAUAAAGGAAGGAACCAGCAUGCUGUUAUCAUCCUCACUAGAGCUAAACGAUCCCUUUAGGAGCACAUUGUUAGCCGGCGGCGACUUGGGCGCUCAGAGGGAUUAAACUACUCUGAGAGAGUCAACACAUACAGUGCGAUAUAACCUGAUGAGUGGGAUUAACGUUGCAGUCACAUUGUCUGUGUGUGCCAGUACAUUUUACAUUCCAUCUCUUACUAAUAUGUCUUACUGUUGGAGUGUAUGUUUAAUCAAAUGAAACAUAUAUAAAUAUAAAUAUAAAUAAACUUGCAGUAAGAGUAUGGGGAGCUGCGUGUUUCCUUGCUUUAACCUUGCAAUCCGAACAUAAUGUUGAAGCAUGCUCGGCACAGCAGAGCUUUCUGGAUCGCUUUAGGAUUUGUGUGCAUUGCUAGUGUUGAAGAGUGUAUUGUUUGGGCAGUUUGCAUGUGAAAUGCAGCUCCAUCAGCUCUGACUGUGCUGCUACUGUAA